AGAAUUGCAGUCACUCAAACAGGCUCCUCGGAGGAGAAUCAGGACGAGUAUUGAGCUUCAUGCUGUCCCGCUCACUAUUUCGGGCGACUACUUUAUUCUCCCAUUGUUCGUGCUCAAGGAAAGCAUUUUCGACGACCAAUCCCGGUCCGAACCAUGAGCUCCUCCAAAUGCUGUCACAAAAUUUAGAGCAUGAAGACUCCAGUCCGAACAGAAAUGGUUACAAAGUUCGCGCGUUUGCACGAGCCAUCGAGGCUAUUGGCGCACUGGAGGAACCGGUGCGGAACGUAGCUGAGGUGAAAAAGCUGAAAGGUGUAGGCGUCGGAAUUAGCAACAGGAUAGACGCGUUCUUGUCGGGUAAAGACUAUGCUCCGGGAGCUAUUAUCGAGGUAUCUGAAGGAGGCACCGAGGCACCGAAACGCAAGACGAAAAAAAAUUCUGAUCCUGAGGAGGAACGAAAGAAAAUGAUAUCUCGGUCAUUGACAUCUGUUUCCGGUCUUGGCGUAAUGACCGCGAACGCUCUCAUUAAGGCGGGUUGUACAUCCAUCGCGGACCUGAAGAAACCGAAAUUCUUUGACAUGCUGAGUGCCCCGCAGCAAACCGCCGUGCGAUACAACGAAGAUCUCGAACGACCUGUCGGGAGAAGUCAAGCCGAGCUACUCGUCAAAUUUAUUUCGGAGAAUAUCUCUUGCAAAUAUAAUGUUGAGCUCGUGGGUAGCUACCGACGGGGUGCCCAAUCAUCUCCGGGCGUUGAUAUUCUAUUGACACACCCUUCUCAUGUUCACGUGCCUACGCCCUCAUCAAAGAAUGGCUCGGUUACCCAACGAUAUAGCAUGGCGCCUUUUCGCAUGCCAUAUACAAAGGUUCAGGAAGCUCAAGACUCGCUUCUCUUGCGUGAUGUGGUAUUGCCACUCGAAAGCCGUGGUCUCAUCGCUGAGACGUUGUCGCCGGGAAUCCGGAAGUGGCAGGGUGUGAUACGUCUACCUGAAAGGACUGCAGACGGAACUUGGGAAGAACGGUCUCAACGAAUCGAGCGCAUCCGUGAGCAGCAGGGCGUUUAUAUUCGAUUGGACUUGAACCUUGCCCCUGUGAAAUCGAAGGGUGCAGCACUACUUGCGUUGACUGGGGACAAGGAGUUUUAUGUCGGCACUCAUAAAAAAGCUACGCAACUGGGCUUGCUCCUCAAUGAAUUCGGCCUGUGGAGAUGGACUUCUGAUCCAUCGCUCCCAGCGGAUGCACAGGAAGGCUAUUGGGCAUUCGUAGAAGGCGAAAGCGAAGAUGCCGUCCUACGCGAACUCGGCAUGGGCUAUGUAGAGCCGAUAAAACGCAACUUUGGUUAUCUCGCUAAUUCUGACUCGGACGCGUCACCGGUAAAAAGGGGUAGGCCACGGAAGAAAGUUGCGUAACUCUAUUUGCAUUAAUAUAUCGUACACCACAUAAUGUUACUACAUAUCUGUGUUCAGCUC